CUCCAGCACAGCACCUACUGUAGCCUGCAGUCAGCCUUCUUGUAGACUGGGAAGACCCUCCCACAGGAAGCACACUGGUGGCCAGGCUUGCUUCAAGUUUCACAAGAGAGGCGGUAUCAAGAAACAAACCCUACAAGCCCAAGACCCAACAAGCUGGUUACUGUCUCCUGCAGCUCUGUGCCAUGAGGUCCUCCUCCCUCCUCGUCCUCUCCUUCCUCGUGGGUGUCUGUGAGGUUGAAGGGGCUUCAGAUUUUAAGAUCUGUGCCUUCAACCUCCAACACUUUGGGGAUUCAAAGUCCAAGAAGAUCAAUGUCAUGAACAUCCUUACCAGGAUCAUCGCUCGCUGUGAUGUGUGUCUGCUUCAGGAAGUGAGAGACAGUAAAGAAAAAGCUGUAGCUCUGCUGGUUGACCGCCUUAACGGCUAUGACACUGAAAAUCAAUAUGAAGCUGUGUCCAGUGAGAGGCUGGGCAGGUCUGACUACCAGGAGCAGUAUGUGUUUGUUUACAGGACUAAUACAGUGGCAGUCACUGACCAGUAUCAGUACCCAGAUGAUCGACCAGGGGAUGUUGACGCUUUCUCCAGAGAGCCCUUUGUUGUCCGCUUCAAAGCCCCCAAGACAGCUAUAAAGGAGUUUGUCCUCAUACCUCAGCACACCACUCCAACCAACACCACUAAGGAGCUUGAUGCACUGUAUGAUGUUUUGCAACACGUGAAGAGUAUGUGGAAAACUGAGAAUGUGAUGCUUCUCGGGGACUUCAACGCUGACUGCGGCUACCUUGCUAAGAAGAACAGGAAGAAUGUGCGCCUGAUUACAGAGAAGAACCUCUUUUGGCUCAUUCCAGAUAAGACUGACACCACUGUGCGAUCGACCACCUCCUGCACCUACGACAGGAUCGUUGUGAAUGGGGAAAGGUUUGCCUCAGCAGUUGUGCCUCUUUCAGCCAAACCAUUUAACUUCCAAGUGGAAUACCAACUCACAGAGGAGCAGGCGCUGGAGGUCAGUGACCAUUACCCGGUCGAGGUCCUGCUGAAGGACGCCGCAAACAAAGGCUCCGUCAGAGGCGCCGCUUCCUUUCCAUUAAGUGGCACAAAUCAGAUAACCUCUCAGUUAACGUUCUUGUCUUUGUUCGUCCUCAGCCAUCUUGUCUUCCAAAUGUUAACAUGGUAGUUUAAAAAUAAGCCAAUGUGGAUUUUUGUGUGAAGACUCACAAACUGAUGAGAACUUCAUGAUUCCCCAACGUGUGGAGUCCAAGUUGCCAAAUAUCACUGAUAACGCUCCACAGGAGUGGCUCUCAACGUUGGGUUCAUGGUUAGAAACAAAAAACGUAAAAUCACACAACUGUUUUGAUGUAAUGUAUCUACCUGUGUAUCUGUGUGGGAGUCCUCAGUAUGAUUAAAGAAGAAUCUUUGCUUCACAGCACUGCAGAGAAAACAGUACAGAUGCUAGCAGAUGUGAACACGUUGAUGUCGCUCCCUCCAAUUAGUAAUCCGUUCACUUAAUGUUAAUUUGUUCCUUCAGUUUAGGAAAGCUGUACCCUUUAAUUCCCUCACGCUGAUCCCGGGUAUUGAUCAGGUGACAUUAGGUGCUCCAGAAUGCUGAAGCUGAGUCUCUAUAAACUGGAUGACAUCUGCAGUAUCAUCCAAGUUUUUGUAGUCAUCCGUUAUUCUGUAAAAUACAUUUAAGGGAUUUUAAAGAUAAUUCAACAAUGUUAAAAACCAGAAGUGUCUCCAUGUAUCUCAGCGCAAGAUCCAAGUAACUCUUGGUGAGAGUGUUGACGGACAAAGAGGUGAAAUCUAAAAUGCUAUUAAUUUAAGGAAAUUAAUAAAGUAGUUGAAGGGCACAAAUCAUUAAGAUGAGGGAACAGAUAAAGUAACUCAACAGUACAAACUGAAGCACUGAAAUAAUUAAAUGGAGCUAAUGAAUUACCAAUGUGAUGGAACAGUUUAUCAGAUAAUGUCUCUAUAAAAUGGUGCUAAAUUAUAGAGGGGGAAAAGGUGAGAUGGUUACCACUAUUAUUAAAUGUUGGUGCCUUAUAUUCAAGCUAUAAACUUUGUAAAUCCUCUAGUAGAGAUUUUGGUUUUGGAAUGGUGUGUGUGUAUAUAUAAUAUAUUUGUCAUAAAGCCAAGCGAAAAGUUU